UUUGUUUGCACUAGGCAUCUAUAUGGGUCCUUUCGUUACAAUUAGAACGGCGGGAAGGUAAAAUGUUGUCUUAUUUAGUUUGCCUGAUUGCCGUUGACGGAAGGCACUUAUUUUUCCUCAAUCGCAACAUUUGUGCAUUACUCCACCUGUGUGUAAAGCACUGUGUGGCUUAGACUGGAAACAAGGUUUGAAUUCGAAGUGUGGGGGCUACAGGACAAGUCCACUCGGAACCACACCGCCAUGUCGCGUCAGUACAGCCUCCGGAAAUGCGGAAUCCGAUUUGACCCUCCCGCCUUGUUCGUCACGUACACGGACAAAUCUGCAGGAAAGACCCGCUGCCGAACGAUGCCGAUCCGCAACUUCACCAAAACCUCAACUGUCACAAGAUUCGUAGAAGACUUUCGCAAGAAUCCUCGACAUAAAAAGUACUUAGAGGAUGUUCCGAAAUCGCAGCUCGAGAAGCUUUUAAGAUUGCUGCAGGACAACCUUCGCGGGAUGUCGUUGGAUCAGAGUUUGAAUGAAAUCAGGAAGGAGUACAGCAUCGAUCCAAACGAGGACUUGAACAAGGUUGAUGAAGAAACCCUCAGGAAGAAGAAAACAGCCAUGGAAGACAGUUUUGAGAAGAACAGGAAGAAACCAGGCGACCCUGAUUUUGAGUAUGAAGUUGAAAGAGACUUUCAGCCUGUAGAGACGUGUGAAUGGGAUUCUGGGGAUUCUGGUUCUGAUGCAGAUUUCUAGUGGCCUACUACAUACUAGUACUUAGUAGUAGCAAAAUACAAAGUACUGGUACUGAAGAUUGAUGACUUGUUCCUAAUGGUCUUUACAUCCAAAUACAUCAUAUGAAGCCAUGAUUAGUAGUUAGUGAAUAGUACUAACCAAUCAAGCAGUUAAUUAAUAGAUGAAAUAUUAAGAUGUUUUUCAGAGAACUCUAAGAUAAGUCUCUUUUUUUUAAUACAUCUAACGUUACUAGUAUCUACUGAAAAACGGGUACAUGUACAAAUAUAUCUAGUUGUUACCAGUUUAAACUUUAACAAUGGACCUUGGUCAGUACUGACCAGUGGAGGACAUUGAUAUCAUUUUGAUCAGUUUAUCCUUGAAAGCACAAUGUUAAUAAUAGGCUUGAAUCAAGGAGAUUUUAUCAAGAUAGAACCUAGUUGCUAGAAUGUCAUAACCAAAUAGCAAAUGACUUGCACAAAGUUAUACACCUAUGUGUAUACAUGUACAAUGUACUAGGUCCUGUUCCUCAUUCAUUGCCUGAAAUAUGUGUAAAUGGGUAUUUAAAUUGCCAUGACAUUGAGAGGUUGACUGGACACUGUCUACCUUCUUCUCUUGCAACACUUCAGGGAUAAUACAUAAUGUACGGUAUGUAAAGCCCACUGCCAAACAUUUUAGAUGUUCAAGUCCAGAUAAACAACUGAGAUACAACUGUUUCUUCAGUUCACUCCUUGUACUGUUAUGCUCUCAGCUGUAACAGUGUAACUGGCGCAAAUGUAGACCCCCAUGCAACCAUUCAUGGGCUGCAUGUUGGAGUACUGUAAUUGCAGAAAUGUUCGUGGUGGUUUUAUGUUCGCGAACAUUUUCCAGUAAAGUAUGACACUACAGUCUAUGGCGCUACUGCAAACUUAAAAGCACCGCGAAAACUCCAUUUUCCGGCUACCGCAAAAGUAAAUCCCCACGAACUUAAAUGCAUUUACAAUAUUUGGUUCACACCAUAUAUAUAUAUAUAUGUAUCGGAAAACCUAUACUCAUGUGAUAGAAUCCAGGGUCAGUAAGCCUUCUCACAUAAGUUAGGACGCAUGUGCGGCG